GUGUCGAAGGAUGGGAUCAAGAUUGAUCAAGUCACGCCAUCGUUUCGUCGUCCGAAAUUUUUCUCCCGAUCCACUCAGAAACCCGUACUGUAUCCGGUAGACGUGCUGGCGGAUUGUGCCCUGGUCGCGUCGACCCCGUCUCGCGUGAACGGAGUGGACGAGCAUCGUGACACUUCAGCAAAAUCGAGCACGUCCAGUGAAUCGCAGACACGUGCGUUUAGUACGGGGAAAGUGCAAUUCCGUAUUGUCCAUAUUGUAAGUGGCACACAAUAUAUACCGCACUGUUAUGGUUUUGGUUGCUAA